AUGGCCAACAACUACGAUCAGUCGUCUGAUGUCGAUUCGGCAAUGGAACAGGACGUCCCAAUUACCACCACAGCAACCACAGCUCAAUAUGACCAAGAAAUAUUAUCGGAUGGCGAGGAACAUGCCCGACAGCAACCAGAUGCGAAGACACACACAGAGCAAGUGAACGAGGCCGAUUUACGCAAGCUUAUUAUGGCGAUUCAGCGGGAUACUAGUAUUGAUCGGCAAGAGAAGGCUCGAAGGAUGCAGUACUUGAUGUCGCAUGGCACUUUACCCACACCACCGGAAACGUCAGCGGGUUCAAGCGAUACACAGGAAGAUAAACCCAAUGUAGACGAUGCUACCCCUUCUUACCAUGAUGAAGCCAAUGGUAUCUUAGGAUGCAAGCAUUAUCGUCGCAAAGUGAAAUUGGUGGCCAACUGCUGUGGUGUCAUAUUCCCUUGUCGCUUUUGUCACGAUGAAGUGAGCGAUCACAAUAUUAUUCGACAUGAAACCAAGGAGAUGGUAUGCAUGCAAUGUAAUGAGCGACAACCAGCCAGCCAGCAUUGCCGUAAUUGUGGAAUUCAAGUGGCAACGUAUUAUUGCGACAAGUGCAAACUCUGGGAUGAUGACGAGAACAAGUCGAUCUAUCAUUGCAACGAUUGUGGGAUAUGUCGACAAGGAAAGGGACUUGGCCAGGAUUUCUUCCAUUGCCAUAAAUGCAAUAUUUGCAUGUCCAUGUCCAUGAAAGAUCGACACCGAUGCAUUGAGCGGAAUCUGGAGAGUGAUUGUCCGAUUUGUGGCGAAUACAUGUUCACAAGCACAACCACCGUCAUUUUCAUGCCAUGUGGUCAUUGUAUUCACAAGCUAUGUUACACAGCCUACAUCCAAACCUCCUAUCAAUGCCCAACAUGCCUCAAAUCACUGGGCGACAUGUCCGAAUACUUUGAACGACUCGAUCGUGAAUUGGAACGUCAACCCAUGCCUCCAGAGUACGAGAAAUACGUUUCUUAUAUAUUUUGCAACGACUGCGAAAAGAAAUCAAGAGCAAAAUACCACUUUUUCUAUCACAAAUGCGAACAUUGCAAGAGCUACAAUACCACCGUAUUAAAGACCGAGAACCGAGAAGAACAAGAAGAAGGCAAAGAACCAUGUCCUGAAGGUCAUCCAACAACAACAACAAGCACAGCAAUUGCUCCUGGAUCAAGUUCAGCUGCUGGUGGUGGUGCAUCAUCCUCCUCCGAUUCUAGAAACAAUGAUCAUGAUUUCAUGCAAGCGCAUGGCGGCAGUGGAGCUACCGGCAAUGGAUCAUCUUCCUCAUCAUCAGAUCGACCCACAUCGAGUAGCAAUAAUUCAUAG